AUGGAAAUAUCUGGGAAAGAAAUAGAAGCCCUUGCCAAGGCCAUCGGCACCAACUCCAAGUUAGACACUCUUGGACUAAAUCUUCAUUUUAAUCUUGACUACAUGAGUUCUACAAGCCAAGCUGCUAGUUCGUCCUCCGGUCAGGCUGCUGUAAGUGAAACUGAAAGAGUACUAGAAGAAGACACCGAAGAAAAGGCACCCCAAACAGCAAAAGCCAAAAAUCCUAGCACAAGCCAAAAUCCACCUGCAAAACGACAAAAGCUUACAAAAUCAGAACCAUCCACAUCGAAGGGAGACACUGCUAAACAGAAGAAAGCUCCAAAUCCCCAGAAGAAGACACCGAAGAAAAAGGCACCCCAAACAGCAAAAGCCAAAAAUCCUAGCACAAGCCAAAAUCCACCUGCAAAACGACAAAAGCUUACAAAAUCAGAACCAUCCACAUCGAAGGGAGACACUGCUAAACAGAAGAAAGCUCCAAAUCCCCAGAAGAAGACACCGAAGAAAAAGGCACCCCAAACAGCAAAAGCCAAAAAUCCUAGCACAAGCCAAAAUCCACCUGCAAAACGACAAAAGCUUACAAAAUCAGAACCAUCCACAUCGAAGGGAGACACUGCUAAACAGAAGAAAGCUCCAAAUCCCCAGAAGAAGACACCGAAGAAAAAGGCACCCCAAACAGCAAAAGCCAAAAAUCCUAGCACAAGCCAAAAUCCACCUGCAAAACGACAAAAGCUUACAAAAUCAGAACCAUCCACAUCGAAGGGGGACACUGCUAAACAGAAGAAAGCUCCAAAUCCCCAGAAGAAGACACCGAAGAAAAAGGCACCCCAAACAGCAAAAGCCAAAAAUCCUAGCACAAGCCAAAAUCCACCUGCAAAACGACAAAAGCUUACAAAAUCAGAACCAUCCACAUCGAAGGGAGACACUGCUAAACAGAAGAAAGCUCCAAAUCCCCAGAAGAAGACACCGAAGAAAAAGGCACCCCAAACAGCAAAAGCCAAAAAUCCUAGCACAAGCCAAAAUCCACCUGCAAAACGACAAAAGGUUACCCAAUCAGGACCAUCUACAUCGAAGGGGGUCACUGCUAAACAGAAGAAAGCUCCAAAUCCCCAAAAGAAGACGCAGAAGAAAAAGGCACCCCAAACAGCAAAAGCCAAAAGUCCUAGCACAAGCCAAAAUCCACCUGCAAAACGACAAAAGGUUACCCAAUCAGGACCAUCUACAUCGAAGGGGGUCACUGCUAAACAGAAGAAAGCUCCAAAUCCCUAAAAGAAGACGCAGAAGAAAAAUGUAUCCCAAGCAGCAA